CACUGUGAAAGAUCAUGCUAAAAAUGGCACUGUUUAGGUCAGAGUUGGCCUCCUAUAGGGAAGGGGCUGAGUGUCAUCCCCAGGCAUACCCAUCCAGCACUCCGACUUGCAAGUACGAGCUCCGACGCCUGACCAACUCAUGUUUUCUUGAAGAGAAAGGAAGAGUGAGAUUCGAGAUGCGACUCUCCCCCCACAGAUCUCAUCUCCCACAUCGACGCCCUGAUCUGUGACCUCUGAUCACAAGCCAUCCUCUGUCUCUCCUAUCUAAGAAUCUCUCUGGACUUGUUGGGAGAUCGCACUGCCUUAGAGAUUGCCACAUCGCUACAUAUAUGCCAAAAGGAGAUCUAGCAGCUGCAGACAGGACCACUUUAAUGGAACUAGGAGUUCCCAUGCCCACUCCCAGUCGUUGAAUCAUAGCUUCUUCACCUUCUCUCUCUCUCUCUCUCUCUCUCUCUCUCUCUCUCUCUCAUGGACUAAAAAGGAAAGAAAUCCAUUAGCAUCAAAACUCUCAUGCAUUAGAUCAGUCGUGUAAUCAUCAUCCCAUCAUCAUUAUCGGCAACUACGAGGUCAAUUAGUAUCAGCUUGAAGCAGUUCAAAUUAAGAGUACCCUAUAUUGCUCCAUCACAUCCUGUUUGCAGGAAGAAGCAGAGAGGUGAAACUGUUGGCACCAUGGCCAUGGUACCCAAGCCGGGGAGCCCUCGCUCCGAUGGCUUCCUCACCAGCCCCAGCUCGUCACCCGCUGCCGCGGUCACCUCACCGGCGGCCUCAGCCGCCUCCCCGUCGCUGAGCCGAUACGAGUCACAGAAGCGACGCGACUGGAACACCUUCGGGCAGUACUUGAAGAAUCACAGGCCGCCGCUGUCACUGUCGCGGUGCAGCGGCGCGCAUGUGCUGGAGUUCCUUCGGUACCUGGACCAGUUCGGUAAGACAAAGGUGCACACUCCCAUGUGCCCCUUCUUUGGCCACCCCAACCCGCCCUCCCCAUGCCCGUGCCCCCUCCGCCAAGCCUGGGGCUCCCUCGACGCUCUCAUCGGCCGCCUCCGUGCUGCGUUCGAGGAGAACGGCGGCAAGCCUGAGGCCAACCCCUUCGGUGCACGAGCCGUCCGGCUAUACCUCCGCGAGAUCCGGGAGAUGCAGUCCAAAGCCCGAGGCAUCAGCUACGAGAAGAAGAAGCGCAAGAAGCAGCCACCGCCACCCCAACCACAGCCGCAGCCACAGCCACGUCCGCCCCACCCCCACAGUCCUUCGCCGGCCACUGGUGCAGCCACCUGAUCCGUCGGUAUCUCAACCAUAAUAUAUAUCUCUCUUCCUUAUUGUAUCUACGACUGAGUCCUUAGGUCAGUCGGUCGUUCCAGUGAACCUUAGACUCGAAGUACUCUAUAUUCUAUGCUUUGUGGCUUGCAGGGGUUAAUUUAUGUAGCUCAUACUCUCACUAGAUUAGCAUAAGGUGGAGGAGUACGAGGAGUAGGGUUAGCUCAUCAUAUAUGAUAUUAGCAUUGGUACCUGAAGUCAUGUUAAUGCACUGUGCUUUGAACUGAUGGUUCAUCUGUACCGGAGAUCUCAACCAUGACAGGGUUUAGAUUUGAUCA